AUGACUAUCAGGCACAAAAUUCUGAACUCAAAAACAAGGCUAAUGCUACGCGACGUCCGCCCAUCCGUCCAGCCCCAUGUCAAGUACACCAGGCUUUUUCGAAAACGUGCAAGACGGUCACCGGUCCUUCUUCCAAUCCCCGCCGUCUCCAUCCUGAUUCCUCUCUACGUCGCCGCCGCAGUGCUUUUGCAACAUCCUGGGUAUCACGUCCACCAACAUCCACUGGGACCUGGUACCUCCUCUCGUCGCAGUCCUCCUGUUGUCGACGCCCCUACACUAGAUGACAAGAAGGCACUGUAUGUUACUCGGCGGCCGUAA